AUGGUCAAAGAACAAAUAGUCAUUUGUGGUAUGAGUCGAGCUUUUUACAGAGUUCGAGGAGUGAAAGCUGCAGAUGUUCCUGAUCAAGUAAGAAAUAAUAAGCAUGCUGCAGCACGUGAGAAUUUUUCCGUCAAGAUGCUCCAACACUGUGGAGGUUCGUUUGCUGAGAUUCUGGGAUGCAAUGAUGUGAGGAAAGGUGGUGAGUUGAUGAGUGUUUACAUGCUCUUCAUUGAUGAGAAUGUGAAUGUUUUACUUGGAAGGCUGGCUUAUUCUGAGAAGACUGACUUCUGCAAAACGUUCUCAGCCUUGGGCGCUAGGGAUUGA